AUGUCUACUCCUAAGCAACCCAUACGAUGUCAAAACUGUCAAUUACCACUUCAAAUCGAUGGUUCCUUACUGGACCUUAGUCUCACACAGCAGAAUACCCUACUAGAUUCCCUUGCCAAUGAGACCUCCAUUAACGACACACAUUUAAUCUCCCCAAUCCCAAAAGAUCGUCUUCAAAAUUUACAAAACGUAAAACCAGCAUCUCAAUUGGAUUUAAAACCUAACAAUCAAGAAUCAUACAUUUUCCUAAAACAAUCCAAACUACCAACAGAAUCUCAGGAUCAAGAAGAUUUGCAACCGUCUUCACAGGGAGUCUCUAAGACGUUAUCCACCCAAACGAGUGUUCUCUCAAAUAUAUUUAAUAUCUUAUCAGGGAGAAAUAAGAUUGAUUAUCCUGUUUGCCAAGAUUGUUGUAAUUUACUGAUACAAGAUUUGAAGAAUCAAUACGAUUCCGCAAUCAAGGAAAGGGAUACCUACAUGGGUUUCUUGAAGAAAUUGGAGGCACAAAAAGAGCAACAACAACAAAAUGAAGGUGUGCUUACUGAUAAAGAUGACUCAGACUCCUUGAUAGCGGUCGAAGAUCUACAAAGAGAAAAGAGUUCAUUAUUUCAAGACUUAUUAAAACUGGAGAAGGAAGAUGAGGAAUUAGAUGAACAAAUCAAGGAUUUGGAGCUGAAACUUGAGCAGAAGAAAAAUAAUGAAAUGGAGAUGAUUGAAAGAGAUAAUUUGACCCAUUUGGAUCAUAUUAACUUUUUGAAGGAAACACAAUCUUUGAAAAAUCAAUAUAAUAGGGCUCUUAAUGACCUUGACCAAUUGAGAAAGAUUAAUAUAUAUGAUGAAACUUUCAAAAUUGCACAUAACGGUCCAUUUGCUACCAUAAAUGGAUUGAGAAUUGGCGGGUUUGACGACUUGAAGGUAUCUUGGAAGGAAAUUAAUGCUGGGAUAGGCCAUGUUGUAUUGUUGCUCGCUACCAUAGUAACACAAUUAAAUUGUUCCAUUAAUGGAUAUAGAUUAAGACCUAUGGGUUCCUUCUCAAAGAUCUUAAAAUAUAACACCGAUUCACAGGAUUGGAUAACAUUUGAAGCAUUUCAUGACGAGAAAUUUAAAAUCGGUAAACUUUUGCAUAAGGAAACUGAACUCGAUAGGGCCUUGGAAAGUUUACUGGAAAUUAUUCAACAGAUGGCCAUAUCCAUUUCAACUGGUCCUAGAAGAACCUCUACUCAUGAAGAAAUUCCAUUGAAUGUGGUGACAAGCCAUCAGACUAGAAAAUCAUUAACUGAUAAUGAAAACGAAAAUAGAGACUUGGUUAAUUCAGCAAAUGAAAUUGAAUUGCCUUAUAUAAUGCAUAAGGAUAAGAUAAAUGGAAUAUCAGUUAAAUUAUUUGGUGCUGACCCAAAUCUAGAAUGGACUACCGCUAUGAAAUUUUUAUUAACCAACGUGAAAUGGCUAUUAGCCUAUUCAUCCAGUCAAUUAAUAUCAUCCAGUCGUAUAUAA